AUGAAUUCAAUGCUAGCUGGAAAUAUAUGGUCACUAACAAGCGUAUAUGACCCAAACUCUGACCAUCGCCGAAAGGGCGUGUUCAAGAAGGAUGUUGAUACCUUGCGAACAAAACAUACAACAUUACAAACACUAAUACAGGCAUUGUUAAACUAUGAAGAAGACGACGCCUUUGAGCUUGUCCGCCAAAUAAGAUCAUGCGAGGACCUUGAAACAGUUGCUCAAUCCGUUGCUGCCAGGCAAAAUGGGCUUCUAUCUGCAUCGGAAACAAGAGCUGACGCUAGCGACGAGAAUCUAUCAGAGGUGGACCAAUUCGACUCUGAGUUAUCAGGGAAAAUACGCGAACUUUUCCUCGACGGCUCACGAAAGUUCAUUGGCGGCACGUCGAAUCUGAUUUUCCUUCCCCCGGGUUCUGAUAUGCAAGAGUCUACUUCAACUGCCGACUUCGCUUUAAGCACCACACAGGAUACUGGCCCCAUCGGGCGAUGGACACGAGUUACAGAUGAUGAGAGUCUCAUCAGCCAUCUCCUAACAAUGUACUUCACCUGGCAUUAUCCAUUCUUCACUAUCCUUGCGAAAGAUUUGUUUUAUAGGGACUUCAUGAGAGGUGUAUCAAGUCAAUAUUGCUCAGCUUUGUUGGUCAAUGCCAUGCUCGCCCUUGGUUGUCAUUUCAGCGCUUUCUCGGGGGCGUGCUCAGAUCCCGAAAAUAUCGCAACAGCGGGCAACCAUUUCUUCAAAGAAGCCAAGCGUCUGAUUCAUGAAAAUGACGAGCAUGAAACUGCGAAGCUUUGUACAGUCCAGGCCUUUGCUCUUAUGUCUGUGCGUGAAGCUGGAUGCGGACGCGAAGGCAAGGGUUGGGUGUAUAGCGGCCUGAGCUUUCGCAUGGCGUUUGAUCUCGGAUUAAAUGUCGAUGCAUCUAAUCUCGGGUACAAACUCUCGGAUGAGGAGAUUGAUGCUCGACGCAUCACAUUCUGGGGCUGCUUCGUUAUUGACAAAUGCUGGUCAAAUUACCUAGGCCGUCAGCCUCAGUUGUUGUCAUCGAACACAAGCAUACCUAAGAUUGAGUUGUUACCGAAAGAAGAAACCGAGGCAUGGUCACCCUAUACCGACGCUGGCAUAGGCCAAGAGCAUACCCAGCCUUCCCGCACCAGAGCUGUUGCUUUGCAAAUUUCGAAAUUAUGUGAAAUCAGUAAUGACCUUCUUCUGUUUUUCUAUAAUCCUUCGGAGCUAGAAAAGUCGCAAUCCAAGCAAUUGGAAUUGAAAAGGCUGAGUGAUGUCCAUACACGGCUUGAAGCAUGGAAGAAGGAACUGCCGCGGGAACUUGACCCUAAAGAAGGACAGCUUCCCCAAGUCCUGGUGAUGCACAUGUUCCAUCAACUCCUUCACGUCCAUCUAUACCGACCAUUUCUCAAAUAUACCAAGGCCAAUACCCCACUCCCUCCACAUGUGUCGCCCCGCAAGAUCUGCACACAGGCUGCAUCCGUGAUCUCUAAGCUUUUGCGGAUGUACAAGCGCACCUACGGGCUGAAGCAAAUAUGUAACAUUGUUGUUUAUAUCGCUCAUACGGCCUGCACAAUACAUCUACUCAACUUACCCGGAAGAAACCCCGAACGAGAUGUUGUUCAUUGUCUCCGGAACCUCGAAGAAAUGGCCGACAGCUGGGUAGCUGCCCGACGAACCUUGCGCAUUCUCGACAUAUCCGCCAACAAAUGGCAAGUGAAACUGCCAAGUGAUGCCAUCACCAUCUUCGAACGGACUCAUGCAAAAUGGGGUUCCUGGGGCUCCUGGGACCAAGUCACAUCGCCUUCCGCAUCAGAAGAUUCUCCCAUGCCAAAUGAUACAUAUAAUCCCCCAUACGCAUACCCAGGAGCCUACCAACCACCAACCAACCAAGUUCCAACAGGCCUACACCGAGAAGUCAUAAGUCCAACCCCAGCUUCUAUAAUGGAGGUCUCUAUGGGUCCACAUUAUCCAAAUGCCACCGUAUCUCCUAUGGCACCAAUGGGACAUAUCCGUCAGGCGUCAGGACCAAUCACUCAAAGAGCAGACUACGCAACCGCUGCCCCGGAGCCGCAGUAUAUGCGCCAAAUACCCCAGGUUAACUACCAAAUGGCCCCAUUAGCAACAUCUGGUCCUUCAGCAGCGGCAUCACCUGUAGUACCGAGUGCCUGGUACGAUCAAGCGGGAAACCCCAUCGGACCUUCACAUGCUUCACAUACUGCAUUAUCGCCUACUUCAGAUUCGCCUAGUUCUGGUCUAGAUACGACGGAACAUCUAGUUGAGGAGAGCCAUGACUGGUGGAAUAAGAACGCUGCUGUUGCACUGGGCAUUGGUGGGGCUGAGAACUGGGGCGCCGCAUGGGGUCCUAAUAUUCCUGCUCAGUCUCCUCCUCUUUCGUAUGGAAAUAGUGGUCAGCUUAUGUCUAUGUCUGCACAUCAGUCUGGUUCUGCAGGGGCAGAAAACUCGCCCCAGGUUUCAGGUGGAAUACCUGGUAUGCCCCCUGCAGCUGAAAAUGGGACGACGGGGUAUGAUGAGCAAUGGAAGUAG